CGCGAGAUCUCAUCAACUGUCAUGGCGUCUCCCUUGAAGGGGGAUAGGUAGUGGAGAAAGUAGCCGCUGUCAUUUAUCAGUUUUCUCCUGUUUACAGAGCAGGUAACCCCGACUGAAGAGGCCUUGAGGAGCGGAUAUUAACCAUGGGGACUGUCCAUGCUAAGAGUCUGGAUCCUCUCCCGAUGCAUGGCCGAGAUUUGGGCGUCCACCCUGAUGACAUGGUCGAGCUUCCAGAACCGGAGCAGGAAUCCAAGCAGGAGAUCCUCGAAAACAAAGCUGUGGUCGUCCAACAUGUUAACGUCCAGGGUCUUGGAAGAACUAAAGAGGAUCUGCUCGGCUAUGAGAUCUCUGAGGUUUUCCACGCAAAAAAUCUCAUUGAUGUGAUGAAAAAAUCUCACAUCGCCAGACAGAAGCUUCUCCGCCUGGGAAUCUUCAAAGAGGUGGAGGUUCUUAUUGAUACAUCUGAAGGUUCAGACGCCUUGCCCAACGGUCUGGAUGUAACUUUUGAAGUGACGGAGGUAAAGAGGCUGACAGGAAGCUACAACACCAUGGUUGGCAACAAUGAAGGAAGCAUGGUGCUGGGUCUGAAGUUACCUAACGUGUUCGGUCGAGCUGAGAAACUCACCUUCCAGUUCUCCUACGGGACCAAGGAGACGUCAUACGGCCUGUCCUUCUUCAAGCCCCAGCCCGGAAACUUUGAACGCAACCUCAUCCUCAACCUGUACAAAGUCACCGGUCAGUUCCCAUGGAGCUCCUUAAAAGAAACCGACAGAGGCGCAUCUGCAGAGUUUAAUUUCCCCCUCGGGAUGACCAACCACACGUUGAAGUGGGAGGGUGUGUGGAGGGAGCUGGGCUGCCUGGCGCGCAGUGCGUCCUUCGCCGUGCGGGAGGAGAGCGGACACUCGCUGAAAUCUGCCCUCUCGCACACUGUGUCGAUCGAUUCAAGGAAUUCUGCUAUCUUCCCCAGCAGGGGUGCAUUACUCCGGAUCAACCAGGAACUGGCUGGGUACACAGGUGGAGACGCCAGCUUCUUGAAAGAGGAUUUUGAGCUGCAGCUCAACAAACGACUUUUCUGGGACUCGGUCUUGUCUGCUUCUCUGUGGGGCGGGAUGCUUUGUCCCAUCGGAGGACAGCCGUCCUGUAUCGCUGACAGGUUCUACCUUGGAGGUCCCACCAGUGUACGAGGGUUUGGGAUGUAUAGCAUUGGGCCACAGAGUGAAGGUGACUAUCUAGGUGGAGAGGCGUACUGGGCAGGUGGUCUGCACCUCUACACUCCUCUGCCCUUCAGACCGGGCAAGGGGGGCUUCGGUGACCUUUUCAGAACGCACUUCUUCCUCAAUGCAGGAAACCUCUGCAACCUCAACUACGGUGAGGGUCCCCGGGCUCACCUUCAGAAGAUGGCAGAGUGUCUUCGCUGGUCGUACGGAGCAGGCAUCGUGUUGCGGCUCGGUAACAUCGCCAGGCUGGAGCUCAACUAUUGUGUGCCCAUGGGAGUUCAGAGUGGAGACAGGAUAUGUGAUGGUGUACAGUUUGGAGCAGGAAUCCGCUUCCUGUGACCUCAUCACUCCUCCAGCACAGGCUGUGACGUGAAAAGGGAGAACGUCUUGUUUAUCACCUGUAAACGUGUUGUAGAGUGUGUAUACUAGCAUGGGUCCUUUUUCCUGGGGAAUUGUGCCUGACCCCCCAAACCCUCCUUUGAUACACGAGCAAGGCUUUGGAACAACAAAGUGCCAGUGCCAUAACACUAGUGAGGCUUUUUACAGUGAAAAGGGAAAGUAAUCAAGAAGUAAUCAAGAUGUACAUAAGACAUGACUAUAGGGGGAAAGAAAUACAAUCAUGGUCAAUCUUUUACAACCUUCAUCAUCAUGUCAGGACUUAUUCUCUCUUCAAUAAUAGCUGACUUAGGGUUUUGUUUUGAGUUUUAGCCUCUUUCCUUGGUUUGAGUUCUUAAGCACUGGCACCUUGUCUGUGGAAAAGUCAUCAACCAGUGAUUUCCCCCACCUCGUUUCCUGUGGUGACACAAAGUAAAUUAUUUUACAGAAUGUUAAAAGAGAUUUUGGGCAUGUUCCCUUUUUUGCCUUCCGGGACUGCUUCUUAUUCGGGAGCAGGACUUUAUAAUGAUUUUGUUUUGACAGUUUACUGUACGCCACACACACACUUCUGACCUGACUGGUUUUGUUGAGAUGCACUGUGUGAUUGAAAGAUUGCAGUGGAAGCAAUGGAAUGAACCGGGAGCAAAUGGCUCUUUUGAUUUAGAGUGGCGCUGUUAGAAGGGAAUCGGCCGUCUGCUAAAGUAGUUUGUUCACACAUUGUUGAAGAACAGCGGGAUGACCUCCCAAGGUGGGAAACCCCCCCUCGUCCCCCAAGCAACAUCCACCACCAGUGCUCUUACCGUUGGUCCUCUUUUUAAUGUUGUUGAAGAUAUUCACAAUAAAUCACAGCUGCUCCCCGA